CCCAACAUAACCCGGCCCGACUUGUGAUGGUAAUUGGCAAAACCUGAUUGGAAUUGCAGGAGAAAUAAAACUGUAAUCGGAGACUCGCUAUCCCUCUUUCUUUCGUUAUUCCAGACCAUGCUUUCUUUGGAGCUGCAAUAGUCCAGAAUCUGGGUCUCUAGACCAGUGCUUUAGCGUGGCAGGAAAAUCGAAAGUGGAAACGGAAAGUGUUAGGCAAGCAAAGGCGGAGCCAUGGGCCGUUCCGAGACGAGGUUCUUUCAGGAACUGGCCUUGUACGCUGCAAGCGCCGCUCUGAGCUGCUUGGUGUUAUUCGUUGGCCUCCGUCAACUAGACCCAAAUCGCGCUGCCAGCAAGAAAGCCCAGGAACAUAAGAAAGAGAUCUCGAGGCGCUUGGGUCGUCCACUUAUCCAGACCAAUCCCUACGAGGAUGUAAUAGCAUGUGAUGUUAUAAAUCCUGAUCAUAUUGAUGUGGAGUUUGAUUCUAUUGGGGGCUUAGAAGAUAUCAAAAAGUCACUCUUUGAACUGGUGAUUCUUCCACUACGGAGACCUGAUUUAUUUUCUGGGAAGCUUCUCAGGCCACAGAAAGGGGUAUUACUAUAUGGGCCACCUGGAACAGGAAAGACAAUGCUUGCUAAGGCCAUAGCAAAGGAAUCUGGAGCUGUAUUUAUUAAUGUGCGAAUAUCAAAUUUAAUGAGCAAAUGGUUUGGGGAUGCACAAAAGCUUGUGGCAGCUGUGUUUUCCUUGGCUUAUAAGCUCCAGCCUGCUAUCAUAUUCAUUGAUGAGGUUGAUAGUUUUUUGGGGCAGCGUAGAACUACAGACCAUGAAGCAAUGACUAACAUGAAAACUGAGUUCAUGUCUUUGUGGGAUGGUUUUACCACAGAUCAGAAUGCUCGGGUAAUGGUCCUGGCUGCAACUAACCGCCCAUCGGAACUUGAUGAAGCAAUACUUCGGCGUCUUCCCCAGUCCUUCGAGAUAGGCAUACCUGACACAAAUGAGAGAGUGAAGAUACUGAAGGUGAUUUUGAGGGGUGAGAGGGUAGAAGUGAAUAUUGAUUAUGACUACAUAGCUAGCUUGUGCGAAGGGUAUACUGGUUCAGAUCUCUUUGAACUUUGCAAGCAAGCAGCUCUUUGCCCUAUCAGGGACCGACUGCGUGAAGAGGCAAAUGGCAAUUUACCUCAUACUACGAGGCCACUGUCACAGUCAGAUCUAGAGCAUGUCCUAACUACAUCUAGAAAGACAAGGACUGCUGCAAGUGAAUACAGUGGGUUAAGCUCACAGUUGCCGGCAUGGUCGAGACACAUGGAGCAGGAUGGAUACCAGGUUCUGAUUGAGAACCUUGCUAAACUUGUGAUGUUCCUGAACCUUCAAUCAAAUGCACGUGACCUUUAGAAAGGAUUCUCAUCUGAAGGUAGUUCGUGAUGAUGCAUAAAUAUUUUUUGAGAACUAAAUGUCUUGGAUGUUUUUUACUUUCAGGGAUUGUAAUCCUUUUCAAGCAGACUGUUCACACCAUAGACUCGUACAAGCACUCAACGAUCUCUCCAUGUUUUAUAAGCAUUUAAUUACUUUGAUAAGCUGCCCUGAUUUCAAACAUUGCAGCUCCCCCCUCUUCUCCCUCGCCCUUUCUAAAUUCAUUUCCUGUAGCAGCUAUCUGAGCUUAGAAUCCAGCAUUAAUGACUAUAUUUACAGGUUCUUAUUUUGUUUUUGUACAAUUUGAUGCACAUGAUAAAUUCUCUUUCAUAAUUGUGUGUCUGCA